AUGCCUGCCACAGUGCCCCCACAAGGCUCGGGCCCAGCCACCACGCCAAAUAUUUUCGAAGAGCACCGACCAACCAUCGACGGUUAUCCGUGGAACCUUGGAUCUGGAGUCACAUUCCUAAUUGGAAUGGACUUCGGUACAGUACACACAACCUCUGUGGUGGACAUCGCCCAGAAUUCCACACAGCUAGUCAAGGGUAAUGUCACACACGCACGAGUACUUGCGGGCACAAGAAACGAAACACAUUUUUGCAUUCCCUCCAAGGUAGCGAUCUCACCAGGGUACCCGAAAGCACUUGGCGAAAAAGCACAAUGUACUAUGCUGUUUGGCCACUCGGUCGAUGGCGCACUCGAGAACCGCGGAAUUAGCGACGAAAACGUGUUCGAUCUGUUGAAGUUGACCCUGUUUCCGGAAUAUGCUGCUGAUGGAACCGGGCCUGUCGGUCAGCUGAUGAAGCAAACCCGGGAAAAACACAACGCUUUGAUACACACAAUCCAGACCAAGCACGAUGGGAUGGUCCUUUACAAGGAUACCUUGAAGGAUCGGGAACAUGAGUGGGGAUCGCAGAAAAUCAGUGACAUGGAAGAUGUCGUCGUUGCUUACCUGCAAUUCAUUUGGCGCAACACAAUGCUAGAGGUUGCUUACGCGAUGGGGGUCAAGGCCAAGUCUGGGGACUGGACAUUCAGGAAGCUUCGCGAGGCCUUUGCAAAAGAGUCGCACGUCGCGGUGUCUGUGCCUACGGUGUGGUCACGGACAACUCAGGACCGUUUCUUGAAGCUCUUGGAUCGCGCUGGUUUCCCAAGCUCCACGGCAUUGGUUUCUGAGGCAGUCUCGGCGGCUAUAUGCCAUUUCAACAUGACUUCGGAGUUGGAGGACCACAACGGCGAACCGGUGAAUAUGAUUGUCGCGGAUAUUGGUGGGGCCACGGUAGAUGUGGCUGGAGUCGGGAAAUACUUUGAGGCUGGAUCGGCUCGAUUCAGAGAAAUCGUUCCGCAGCGAGGUUCUUUCAACGGCUCGUUGACCCUCAACACGCUCAUGGAUGAGCAUAUCCUCGACAACUUGGGCCAGAAUUGGUUGCAGUCUGUCUUCCAAGAUCCAGGCUGGACAGCAAAGAUAUGGUCUCAGCAUGUCACAGAUGGCUUCGAACACGCCAAGCGAGAAUUUGACACUCGUGCUGAAUACUCGAUAAAGAUGCUGAAGGUGCCGAAAAGAGCCUUGUCAAAGGCUAUUGAGAAAGAUGCCCGCCAUCCGGAUUUCAAGCUCACACCUCAGGGACUGCACGUCGACAAAAGUCAGGUAAGAACAGUGUAUGACAAGUGGCUGGACGGAAUCUUCAAGAUCAUCGACCGAUCCCUGGACCAGUUUAGGAAGCUUCAUCCGGACGCGCGCCCUCCUCUUCUCGCGCUGUGCGGAUGGGGCUCUCUACCACCGUAUAUCCUGCAGAAGUACAAAGAAAAGUUCUCCGAGAACAAUCCAAUUCUCAUCGAACAGCAGGAAACCUCUCUCAUUGCACAGGGAAAUUUUGCGACAUUGACCCGCGCAGACUUGUUCUUCAAAGUACCGGCUCGCGAAAGUUACGGCAUCAGAUAUGAGAUGCUUUGGAAGGACGUCGAUGCAGCCUGUCAAGAAAAUCAGGAAUUAGAGGCGGCCCGGACGGAAGAUGGGAUUUGGCUCCCUGACCGCGCUCUAUGGGUCGUGAGGAAGGGUGAGAGUCUCGUGUGCCCAAAAGGAUUGUUCUUCGUGGAGGGGAGGACGCGAGUAAAGGCGGAGGCCUACGGAGCGUCAUUUCCUUUUCGCUGGAAUCUUGACAUUCUCGCCAGCGGCCACGAUGAAAUUCUUGGUACCGAGAGAUAUGGGGCUGUUUCAACUGCGAUCGCCAACGGUAGGAUUCGGGUUGUCAAAGCGCUCUCGAUUGAAAUCCGACAGCAAGAUUGCAAGAUCAAGCCCACGCCAGGCUCCCAGAACUUCACAGAACCUUGCUCCCUCGAGUUCGCAUUUCGGAUAAGGGUGGACUGCAGCACCAUUUGCCCAACGAUGUUCAUUUCCAUCCCCAAAGAGAGGGGAGUGUUCAAAAAGCGCCUGGACGAAUAUUGGAGGGAAGACCCCAAGGAGUGCCAUACGAUCUCGGUUCCUUUGGGGCUUUUGCAUGCCCACGCGACUUUGCAAGGCAAUUCAGGGGUUCGACUUGAUCCUAUCGAGAGUGUGGAGGAAGAAGAUGAGGAGGAGGAGGAGGAGGCAGAUGUCGAUAUGGAUUGA